AUGGAGGUCCCCAAAAGUAUGUUUGCUUUUUUCUUGCACAAGAGCCACAGAUUGCCCGAGGAGGGUGUUUUGUUGGAGCUCCCCGAGGGAAGAAAUGCUGUCUGUACGGUUCCAGGAAGCAAUAAGCACCUUCAUGAAAAUAACUCAAGUCCCCAUCCUUAAUCCCUGCCUAUCCUUUUUUAUCUGAUGGACUCAGCGAGGGCUGGGAGAUCACAGUGCAGCUGAAAACGAAAGGCAGUUAACAAGAUGUGAGCAGUCAAUGGAUAAAACAAUAGGUGAAACCCUUCACGUUGUCCAGUGCCCAGGUGUCCUUCCCAUGCACAGGUAGCCAUGUGGAUCGUGGUGAGUUUGUUCUGCUGCUUCACGCUCGGAGGGCUGCCAUGGGCGGGUGGCUCGUGCCCGUCGCAGUGCAGCUGCGCCUUCCACAGCCUCAGCGAGGGGACAAAAGCCAGGACAGUGCUGUGUAAUGACCCAGAGAUGACCCUCACUCCCGUGAACAUCCCUGUAGAUACAUCCAAGCUUCGGAUAGAAAAGACAGCCAUCCGCAGAGUGCCAGGAGAGGCUUUCCAUGCGCUCCACAACCUGGAAUACCUCUGGAUGCCCUAUAACUCCCUGGCCAGCCUCAGCGGGAUCACCUUCAAGGGCCUCCGUCGCUUGCAGGAGCUAAGGCUGGAUGGGAAUGACUUAAUAUCAUUCCCCUGGGAAACCCUGGCAGACAUGCCACAGCUAAGGCUUCUGGAUUUACACAACAAUGAACUUACCUCAAUCCCUCCAGAUGCUGCACGUUAUAUCAAGAAUAUCACAUACCUGGACCUGUCUAGCAACAAGCUAAUGACUCUUCCUCAGGCUCUUAUUGCCACCUGGGCCAACCUCCAGACUGUUCCUUACUUCCCCAAUGAUAAUUCCAAGAUCAUCCUAGGCUUGCAAGACAAUCCUUGGGUAUGUGACUGCAGUCUGUAUGAAAUGGUCCAUUUCCUAAAUUUCCAGUCUCCUAACAUAGCGUUCAUUGAGCCCAGGCUGAAAUGCUUCACCCCCCGGAGCCUUGCAGGAGUCUCCUUCAGCCAAGUCGAGCUAAGGAAGUGUCAAAGCCCUGUUGUACAUACAUCCGUGGCCAAAGUAAAGACCAUCCUGGGGAGCACUGUGCUACUGCGAUGUGGGACAACAGGGAUGCCCAUUCCUGAGCUCAGCUGGAGAAGGGCUGAUGGUGCUCAACUAAAUGGCACAGUUCACCAAGAGAUUUCAAGUGAUGGGAUGAGCUGGUCUAUUCUGGGCCUGCCUGUAGUCUCUUAUCUCGACUCUGGAGAGUACAUCUGUAAAGCAAAGAAUUUUCUGGGGGCAACAGAGGCAUUCAUCUCUCUCAUCAUCACAGACUCAGAAAGCACGGAUGACCCCAACUCUAAUGCCAAAAGCACAUGGAGCGGGAAGGCGAGCGGGAUGGAGGCAGCUGCCUACAAUGACAAACUGGUGGCGAGAUACGUUAUCACCACCUCCACUGUGCCUACCCUGGGGGCUGGAGUGGGUACCGGAGAGGGCCUCCUCCCAGACAUGGCACAAGAUAGCAACCGCAGAAACCUGCUGGUGAGCCCACCUACAGGUCAGGAGGAGCCGGAGCGAAUAGUGAGGUCUGUCAGGGUGAUAGGAGACACUGACCAGAGUAUCACCCUGGCCUGGAAGGCACCUCUGGCAAAGAACACAACAGUGUUCAGUGUCCUCUACGCCAUCUUUGGAGAGAGAGACAUGCGACGAAUCAAUGUAGAGCCAGGGAAGACCAAGGUCACUAUUUAUGGGCUGCUGCCAAAGACCAAAUAUAUCAUGUGUGUCUGUGUGAAAGGGCUGAUCCCCAGGAAGGAACAAUGCAUCAUAUUUUCCACAGAUGAAGUUGCCAGUGCGGGAGGGACCCAGAAGCUCAUCAAUGUGGUUGUCAUCAGUGUGGCAUGUGUCAUUGCUGUUCCUCUGACACUGGUGGUCUGCUGUGGAGCAUUGAAAAGACGCUGCAAAAAAUGCUUUGUGCGGAAACCCAAGGAAAUUCAGGAGUCCUAUGUCACCUUUGAAAGCCUGUCUCCUGGGGCCAAGACAAAAGGUGUGGAAGGAGAAUACUUGAGUAGACAUACCCCUGAUGAGUCAAACAGGCUGCUGUCUGCCCGAUCCAGUGUGGACUCAGAAGCAAUACCAAAGAUAGAGGGGCAACCUAAUGAAUACUUUUGCUGAUAGCAACUAGGCUGAUUGUUAACUCACUAGGAGGAAGCACGUGGCUGUAUAUAUGACUCCCUGCUUCAGCACUGCAGGCCACCCUGUCAAAGCUUCUGUCUGUGACAUGUUCUGGAGGAGGCUGCAAGAGGGCAGAUGGUGCCCAAGCUUCACAGAAACAAGUUGCUCUUCCCACUUUGGGUUUGCUGUUUUGUACCCAGUCAAAAGCUGUGAUAAUGGCCUCGUUCUCCUGGACCACUUCUAUUUUUGUAAAAUGAAGCGUGCACACUGAGUGUGAGGACGUUAAGCAACAUUUCUGAGUGCGCUUUACUUGGUGUUGUUUAGUACCUUCUGCAAUAUGCUAAGUAUUUUAUUCUCAGCUCUGUUGAUGUUCUUCUGGUUGACAAACAGGGGAGUGUUUAGUAAUUUGAGUAUAAAUAUCUAUGAAGGUGAAGACUGAGAGUCUCACCACUUUUUACAUCCCCCAUGUUUGCAUGAAACAUGCAGCUUGAUGCUUAAUAGAUCACUAAACACAGAUGUACAGCAACCCUUUCUAGUAUGUCAAACAUAAUAACAGCUCUAUGCUCUGAAUUUAGAUAAAUGCACAAAGGAGAUAGAAAUCAAGACACAAAACCCAAUCCACUCCUAAGAAUACAUAAUAAAGAGCAUUUUUUUAUUGCAUUUUGGCCCUAAACACUAUUCUUAAGAUUUUAUUGGACAACAGUACUGCACAGGUCUUGUAGGAUCAGGCCUAGCUGGCAUUUUCUAGUUGUACUGUAAUUUGUACAGUGUGUUUUAUAGCAGCUGUGCUAGUUAAAAUCACAGGAUAGCCGACUCUGUAAAUUGUGUGUGGCUCUGUAAUGCUUUGUACUCAUACUGAAAAACAGUUCUGUGAAAAUUUUCCAGACCAGCCCUGGCAUUGAUGCCAGCUGUACUGACAAAACUGAUGGUGAAGACCAGAGGUCUUCACCUCUGUCUGUCACCAGCCAGACAGUUGUGAUUUGGUCAUGAAAAUGCCUUGCAUCAUGCUGAGCAGGGGUAUGGGAUGCAGUGGUAGAUUGCUGGCUAGCCAUACAUUAGCCAUACUUCUACCAUGGCAGCAGUGGUGGCAGAGGCCCAGUGCGGACUUUGUUGUUUCAAACAUUUUACAAGUUCAAGAACCCUGAAAAAACCUGUCUACUAUUCUUCUAAAUGUACUUUCAUAGGCAGGGUGAGCUAAUAAGUUAUUUAAGCCUUGCAGCUCCACUGGAGUUUGGAUCUGGGUGCUUAUCACAAAGCACUUCCCAGCUGUAUAAUUUUCCACUCUAGUUCCUCAUGUACUAAUACUGUAUAUAAAGUUUUUCUCUGUGUAAUAAUUAUUCUUCAUAUAGAAAAUUAUAUAUGUUAUGCCAAAAGUUGAAUGGGAGGAAUCUGGCCAAGUUGAAAAGAUAACUGAUAAAGCUUUCUGAAUUUUCUUGAAACGUGUAUUUGUAAAUUUAUUGAAAGGAUCUCCACUCAUGUUCUGGAUGUGUAUAUACAGUGUGUGUUAACAAAAUUCAUUGGUUGGAAUGGAGCUCUGUAUGGAUUUUUCAAGUCCUUCUUGUACAGAAGGGUUUCAGUUAUGUCAGAUUGCUUGUCCUGAUCAAAAAACCAAGUCAUUUGAUCUCAACAUAAAUACUAGUAAUAGAGGAUACAUUACAAUACUUUCUAAUAGGACUCCUUGUAUUCCUUACAUUAAUGAUACAUAAUUUUUCUUGUGUUGGGAGAAUUUGUCAGUCCCUGUAUAAAAUAAUGCAUGCUGAUUCUGUCACUGAACUGCAUAGAUUCUUAGGUUUACAAAUAAUGUUUUGCAGAAUUAUAUAUUUUGAUACAACAAAUUAAUUGAAGAAAUAUGUGGUAUGCAAUAGAUCUGUUAUUUAUUUAUACAGUUGCAUUUCCCAGGGUGAUUUUUAGAGUGUCCCUCCAAGGUAGAACAAAAACAUUGUUCCGGUAGCAGUUUUUGGGAUGAGUUGCAAUGGUUGCUGUAUUAUUGAGCCUGAUUCCUGCCCGCAUCUGCAGCAGUAUCACUGGGCUGUGCAGAAACCCUCCUGGAUGAAUAAGCUGGCCCUGAAGAACCAAGGCUGUCCUAAAGCCCUCCUACAGUGAGCGGAGUGGAAGUACUGCCCAAGGCGUUUCCUGUAAAUCAUGUUUGCAGGAGCUGGGAAUGAGAGAUAUUUACCUUCUGGUUGCCUGGAGUCAUGGGCUGGGUUAAUUUGCUGCAUCCAGCCCUGGCGAGGAGCAGCUCUCAGCCACUCUCUGGGUGCGUGCUGCAACGCGGGGUAUGUGAGUUGGCAGUGCAAAAGGCAAAGGCUUGGCCAACACUGUGGCUCUUUGCUUGCGAAGAGGGGAGGAUGGAGAGGUCAUCCUGGGACAUACACUGUGGAUGUCUUAAGUUUUACAGACUCUCUUGGAUAUUUUUUGCACUUUGAAUAAAUAGCAAUCCCAAGUAGAACAAA